AUGGCUCCUUCUUUGGUUGACCCUAUUCUACCUUCAACAACCCCAAGCCUGGGCAAAUUCAUUGUGCCCUCGAAAGGCAUCAUCCCCGGAGAUAACAAGUUCGGCUAUGCUCCUGGACGCACCAUUGUUGAGAAGCAUGACAACUACCCCCAUGAGGACUUCUUGCCUUCUUUCCCCAACGUUCACUGGGAUCCAAUCGAGGAACACACAUACGAAGACCGUGGCCUCAAAGGAGACCCCAAGUUCCGCAACCUUCUGAAGGAUGCCACGGCUGUCUUCGACUACAACCCGAAGAUUGGAACCGAAGUUCAUGGUGUCGACCUGGCCACCCUCACAGACGCACAGAAGGACGACUUAGCACGUCUGAUUGCCUACCGAGGGGUUGUCUUUUUCCGAUCUCAGAAGAACUUUGAUAUUGAAGCCCAACGGGGUCUUGGACAACACUUUGGCAAGCUCCACAAGCAUGCAACUACAUCUGUUCCUCAGAAAGGAGGUCUUGAAGACGUUCAUGUCGUUUACACUGGCGAUAACUCCGGUGACAACCGUGCCCUCUUCAGUCCUAGCUUCCUGUGGCACUCAGACGUUACAUAUGAGAUUCAACCACCGUCUUACACUACACUGAAACUCCUCGCGGGUCCACCCAGCGGUGGCGGUGGUGACACCCUGUGGUCAUCUCAAUACGCCGCCUAUGAUGUUCUCUCCCCAUUCAUGCAGACCUACUUGAAGAAUCUAUCAGCCCUCCACUCCGCGAACAUGCAAGCCAGUGACUCAAAGGCUCUCGGUCGACCAGUCCGCCGGGAUCCCAUCACCACAGUACACCCUCUCAUCCGAACAAACCCCGUCACCGGAUGGAACGCCCUAUUCUUCAACCCUGGUUUCGUGACUAAGAUCAUUGGCAUUCCCAAGGCUGAGAGCGAUGCCAUCUUGAAAUACCUCACCGACGUGAUCGCCACAACACAAGAAAUGCACGCCCGUUUCCAGUGGAACCAAGAUGACGUUGCUCUCUGGGACAACCGCACAACCACCCACUCUGCAUCAUACGGCUUCACUCCCCAUCGACGACACGCAGUUCGCGUUGCAAGCCACGCCGAGCGCCCUGUCCUAGAGGCUUCCGGUAAAUCCCAGGAAGAUGAGCUCAACGCUCUGUAUGGACUGCCGGCAGUCAACAAAGAUGGAUCACGACAGUCUAACUACAAUGAUUGA